UACCAAGGCCGCCUCUGACCCUGUAGGGGCGCGGAGUGGGGGGCUAUGGGCCUCUAGGCUAGAGAGCUUCGGGGGUCGCGGCGGGUCGUUGAGAGGCGCAGGUUCGGCCCGCGCUUCUGCCGCUUUGCUGGGGAGGGGUCGAACUGGCGCCCGGAAGACGUGAUUUUCAAAGCUAAUUAUGAAAACAUUUGUCAUUGGAAUCAGUGGGGUGACAAAUGGCGGGAAGACAACACUGGCUAAGAAGUUGCAGAAACACCUCCCAAACUGCAGUGUUAUAUCUCAGGAUGAUUUCUUUAAGCCACAGUCAGAGAUAGAGACAGAUACAAACGGAUUUCUGCAGUAUGACGUGCUUGAAGCGCUUAACAUGGAAGAAAUGAUGUCCGCCAUUUCCCGCUGGAUGGAAAGCCCAAGACACUCACCGGUAUCAACAGACUCCAGAAGCACCGAGGAAAUUCCCAUAUUAAUCAUUGAAGGCUUCCUUCUCUUUAAUUAUAAGCCCCUUGACGCUCUGUGGAACAGAAGCUACUUUCUGACAAUUCCUUAUGAAGAGUGUAAGAGGAGGAGGAGUACAAGGGUCUACGAGCCCCCAGACGUCCCAGGGUACUUUGAUGGCCACGUGUGGCCCAUGUAUCUGAAGCACAGACAAGAAAUAGAGAACAUCAUGUGGGAGAUUAUUUACCUAGAUGGAACCAAAUCAGAAGAGGACCUCUUUUCACAAGUGUAUGAAGAGCUAAAACAAGAACUAGCAAAGCAAAAGUGUAAGUGUUGUGGACGGUGAAGGAACAGCCAGGAAGAAGCGUUCAUUGCACACCAAAGAGCGGCUUCCCAGAAUGCUCCUGUAGGAGCGGUUGUAUCCUUUCCCUCAUUGCUUUGAAGACAAUUUCAAAUCAGAGACUCCGAAUGGGUUUGAGGCCUUGAUUAUUUUGUUUAUGAGGUUUUGUUUUUUGUUGUUGUUUUUUUUUUAAGGGUGAAAAUGCCCACCCAAUGUUACAGCCCUUAAUGAUGUUUAUGUUAUAUAGUUUACAUUUUCUAGUAGAUAGCUGUCAUUUCAGUGGGACUGUCAUUAUCCUUUGAGCAGAGUGAAAAGGCUAAUGAUCCCCUUUUAAUAUGUCUAGAGCUCCCCUUCUGCUUUAGUUCUCUUGAAGAUUUCCCAUGAACUUAUUUUUCCCAGAUACCUCAAAAAUAAACACAGGAUGUU